AAAAAAAUACAGUGAAGAGGAAGAAGAAACGGAAAAACAGUUUGGGAGCUUUUUUUUUUUUUUUACUUUUAUGCUUUGGGUCAAUCGGAGAUCUGAGAAAAUUAAGCUGGAUUUUUCCGGCGAGGCAUUUUCCGGUUGACCCCAAAAGCAGAGAGCUAUACAUAUAUCAUAAUUAAUUAUAAAUCUACCGAAGAUGAAUUUGUUCAGAUUCGCUGGGGACAUGACCCAUUUGGUCAGUGUUCUUGUUUUGCUCCUCAAGAUCCACACCAUCAAAUCCUGUGCUGGGAUUUCUUUGAAGACUCAGGAACUGUAUGCCCUUGUAUUUGUAACUCGCUACUUGGAUAUAUUUACCAGUUUCAUAUCAUUUUAUAAUACCGUGAUGAAGUUAAUAUUCCUCGGAAGCUCUUUCUCUAUUGUUUGGUACAUACGACGACACAGGCUGGUUCGAAAAUCCUAUGACAAGGACCAAGACACAUUUCGCCAUUAUUUUCUUGUGUUGCCCUGCCUAAUUUUGGCCUUAUUAAUUCAUGAAAAGUUUACCUUCACAGAGAUAAUGUGGACGUUUUCCUUGUAUCUGGAAGCUGUUGCAAUACUUCCUCAGCUUGUUUUGCUGCAAAGAACAAGAAACAUUGACAACUUGACAGGACAAUAUGUCUUUCUCCUUGGGGCAUAUAGAGCACUCUACAUAUUAAACUGGACUUAUCGCUACUUUACUGAGGAACACUAUGUCCACUGGAUAAGUGUGUCUUGCUUCUCCCUUGCCUCCCUCACACCCUCCCCUGGUGUAUUUUUGAAUUUCAUAAUUUAUCUUCUCUUGCAGCUUGGAUAUCAGGAAUUGUCCAGACAUUACUAUAUGCUGAUUUCUUCUAUUAUUACUUCCGAAGCUGGAAGAACAAUGUGAAGCUUGAGUUACCCGCUUGAGUGAUUUGCGCUUCUGCAGGCCAGAGGAAUGCAUACUCAUUAGAUUUGAAGUGCUUGAUAUGGGCUUGUUAAGCCAUAGAAACUUUUUCAUUCUUCUGGCGUAGGGGUCUCACCUUGAAUAUAAUAUACACAGCAAAUUUCAUCAUGCAUAUUCAAUUACAUUGUUUCUGACAGCAAAUGUAUUUAUUGCAUAUUCUUCGGUAUGAAAAUUAAUUUGAUGAGUACCAUUGAUAGCACCAUUGUAUUAUGGAAAUCUUGUGUUCUAUCUUCUGGACUUCUGUAGCUUUGUUUUUUUUUUCCAUGGACAUUUAAAUGCACCACAAACGCAUAAGCUGGAACCCUGAACGAGACAUGAUGAGCAUAGUUGUGUAUAUGAAUUUAAUGUAUUAUACAUGAACUUUACUUAAUUGUAUAUACACUCCAUUAAUUAUUAUGCUUUGGAUAAGU